UGUGUGUGUUUGAGAGGAGGAUUUCAACCAGUCGCCGGACAGAGAUAAGGAAGGCAGGGAAUUAAAAGCCAUCAUCAUGAAUUUCGUUAUGAAGCAAGCGUUGGGAGGAGCCACCAAAGACAUGGGCAAGAUGCUUGGUGGAGAGGAGGAGAAGGAUCCCGAUGCUGCGAAAAAAGAGGAAGAAAGGCAAGAGGCGCUGAGGCAACAAGAGGAGGAGAGGAAGGCCAAAUAUGCAAAAAUGGAAGCAGAGAGAGAAAACAUCCGACAGGGCAUCAGGGAUAAGUACGGCAUCAAGAAGAAGGAGGAGAAAGAAGCCGAGGCAGCGGCUGCUAUGGAGCAGGCCUCCGAGGGCAGCCUCACCCGUCCGAAAAAGGCCGUUCCCACCGGCUGCGGCGACGAGGAAGAAGAGGAGAGCAUCGUGGAUACGGUCAUGAAAUUCAUCCCGGCUCCGCUCAUGGAUAUGUUCAAUAAAAAGUAACAGUGUUUUGGGUGAAAUUUGGUUAACUUCUUACAACGCUCAUCUAACCAAGACUAAAAACCGUAUCACCCUGCCCCCCCACCCCGCCCCAAACCUGCAGUUUCA